CUGUAUGGCUCCAUACAUACAAUGAAGAAAACAGUAUUUACAACAUCCUGACAUUCACAUCGUACUCAAUGUGGGUCUUUCACUGUAUCAGUGACUGCUAUGGACACAACUGAUAUCAAGGAUGUGAAGCUGUCUGCUGAGGUAGAGCCAUUCAUCCCACAGAAGAAAGGCCCAGAUACCGCUCUCGUCAACAUGAGCCUCUCCGGAGAGACAGCAAGUGGGGGCGGAGGCAGCAGCCUGGAGCCCACCCCUAUACCCAGUUACCUCAUCACCUGCUACCCCUUCGUCCAGGAAAACCAGCCCAGCAGCAGACAACUGCCUGUGUACAACAGUGACCUGCGAUGGCAGCAGCCCAGCCCGAACCCAGCAGGGCCGUACCUGGCCUACCCCAUCCUCCCCUCGCCUCAGCCACCUGUCUCCAACGACUACACGUACUACCAGAUCAUGCCAGCCCCCUGCCCCCCCAUGGUGGGUUUCUAUCCGACCUUCCCCAGCCCCUAUGGUGCUCCGGUCCAGGCGGGGGUUGUAAGCCCGGUUUCUGCCGACUGUGGUGACCGUGCUCCGCCUCCAGGCCAGCCUUUUGGAGCAGCCAAUCAGAGAGCAAGGGGGAUGCCCCGUCCCACUGCUGUGACCAAGCAAAUGGCUCAGCCAAUGAGAUCCAAGAGACCUCCAAUGCGGAGUGUGGCAGUGCAGAAGGAGGUGUGCUCCUCUGGCCCCGACGGCAGGCCAAAGACUGUGCUCCUGGUGGAUGCUGCCCAGCAAACAGAUUUUCCAGGUGAAAUAUGCAGUAAGUCACUGUCAGACCGGGCAAGUCCUCUGCCCUGGAAAAACAAGCCCCGGCGCAGACGGCCCUCUCACCCGGCCGAGUCGUCCAGCGAGCAGGGGGCCAGCGAGGCCGACAUCGACAGCGACAGUGGCUACUGCAGCCCCAAACACAACCAGGCCGCCGCCGGCCUGGCCCGCGCCAGUGACCACGCCACUGCUCCGGGUGUUGAAGCUGGUGUCAUGACUGCGGUCAGCUGGGUCAGCGUUGCCUCCCAAGCCACACAGAGACAGGCCGUCUUCCCCAGGGCAGGCAAAGUGCCCGACCAGAGAAACUUCCCCCAGGACUAUCCCACGGGCUUCCCCGGACACGGUUGUGGCGUGUUGUCUGAUCGAGCUGCAGGAGGAGUGCAGAAGCGUUUUCAGCAGGGUGUGGUGCAGGCCACGCCCCAGGGCCCCAGCACAGAGCUCACUCCUGAACCCCUUUACUUUGAGGAUGAAGAUGAGUUUCCAGACUUAGUGUCUGGGGGGACAGCACUGCGCAGUAAAGGAGAGCAGGUCCAGGCCAAGCUGCCCAAGAACCUGCUGGAGAACCUGCCAGAAAACUCCCCCAUCAACAUAGUGCAGACGCCCAUUCCCAUCACCACCUCUGUCCCAAAGAGAGCCAAGAGCCAGAGGAAGAAGGCUCUGGCCGCUGCCCUGGCCACCGCACAGGAGUACUCUGAGAUCAGCAUGGAGCAGAAGAAACUCCAGGAGGCCCUGACCAAGGCGGCGGGGAAGAAGAGUAAGGCUCCAGUGCAGCUGGAUUUGGGUGACAUGCUGGCGGCCCUGGAGAAACAGCAGCAGGCUAUGAAAGCCAGACAACUGAACAACACGAAACCUCUCUCCUACACAGUAGGCACAACGACGCCCUUCCACAGUAAGGAUUCAGGCAGUAAAGUGUGUGCGGUGAGGAGCCAGACGUACAGUAUCCCACAUAACGCCCUUGAUUCCACUGCCCCGCGCCUGAAAAGGGGCAAAGAGAGAGAAAUUCCCAAAGUCAAGAGACCCACCGCACUGAAGAAGAUUAUUCUGAAGGAGAGAGAGGGGAAGAGGGGCAAGUUUUCUCUGGACCAGGGUGUCAUGGACCCAGACGAGCCGACAGACCACCAGCUGCACUUCACAGACGACCUGUCCCGUGACGGGGUGUCUCAGGAGGAGAAUGGGUUGAGCAUGCCUAGCGAUGCAUCGCUGUCUCCGGCCAGUCAGAACUCCCCGUGCAGCAUCACGCCCGUUUCCCAGGGUUCCCCGGCCAGCUCCGGCAUCGGCAGCCCCAUGGCCACGGCCGCCAUCACCAAGAUCCACAGUCGGCGUUUCAGAGAGUACUGUAACCAGGUGCUGAAUAAGGAGAUUGAUGAGAGUGUGACGCUCCUGCUUCAGGCCCUGGUGCGUUUCCAGGAGCGGGUUUAUCAGAAAGACCCCACCAAGGCCAAGGCCAAACGCAGACUGGUCAUGGGUUUGCGUGAGGUCACCAAACACAUGAAACUUAACAAGAUCAAGUGUGUCAUCAUUUCGCCCAACUGUGAGAAGAUCCAGUCCAAAGGUGGUCUGGAUGAGGCGCUGUACAAUGUCAUCGCCAUGGCACGAGAACAGGAGAUCCCCUUUGUCUUUGCCUUGGGUCGGAAAGCGCUGGGCCGCUGCGUCAACAAACUGGUGCCAGUCAGUGUUGUGGGCAUCUUCAACUACUCUGGAGCUGAGGACCUGUUUAAUAAGCUGGUGUCGCUCACAGAGGAGGCCAGGAAGGCGUAUAAAGACAUGGUGUCUGCUCUGGAGCAGGAGCAGGCUGAAGAGGCCCUGAAAAACGCCAAGAAGGCCUCCCAUCACAUGGGCCAUGUCCGCAACCACUCCUCAGCCAGCGCCAUCUCUUUCUGCAGUGUCAUCUCCGAGCCCAUCUCUGAGGUCAACGAGAAGGAGUACGAAACCAACUGGAGGAACAUGGUGGAGUCAUCUGAUGGCAUGGAGCUCCCGGAGAAUGAGCCCAGCGGUAAGGCAGCGGUCAGAGACGUCGAGCCACCGGGGGCCACCCUGACCUCAGUACCCCCGCCCACGCAGGCCGGGAGAGAAGGCACCGCACAAGAGAGAGAGGAAGGCAAAACAGACGACCGUCUGGAGGGCAAAACAGACGACCGUCUGGAGUGGGCGUCUCAGCAGAGCACUGAGACCGGCUCCCUGGACGGGAGCUGCAGAGACUUGCUCAAUUCCUCCAUCACCAGCACCACCAGUACCCUGGUUCCCGGCAUGUUGGAGGAGGCUGAGGAAGAGGAGGAGGACGAGGAAGACUAUACGCCAGAGCCCAUCUCUUUGGAAGUGCCCCCACUUAGCAGAAUAGAAUCUUGGGUCUCAAAAACGUUGGAAAACCUGCAGCUGGGUAAUAAGAGCCAGGACAGCACAGAUGAGGAAGAGGAGGGGGGGCAAAGCCACGACGAUGAAGAGUUAGACUCUUCUGACCUCACGGAGCCAGGACUGGACGACAAGGACCAGCAGGACUCUGAGAACCCGCGAGCCUGAGAGAACAUGCCCCCCAACCCCCCCACAGACACCCUGUCCUCCCUCACUCCGACCCCACAACCCACUGUCCAAACUCAGGGACGCCACACGCAGCUCCGCCCACUGCCCCGUCAGUCACACUGCAGACACACAGCUGGACUCAGCCUGCCUGCACAGGCCAGAGGACCACUUCCUGUCUGUAAAAGGGAAACAGAAGUCUCUCCAGACCAGUACUGUCUGACAAACUGAACUGGGACUCAGAGCACAGACAGAGCGACUGGAGGUAACUGAUGGAGGUGGGAGUGGCAGGUGGAAGGAGUGGUGGAGGCCAGGCUGUCCCCGCCCACUGCCCCGUCAGACCGCCGCAGAGAAUGAAGGCCUCUGUCGCCAUAGAAACGUGUGGUCAUAACUUCAGUCUCUCUUAUAGCAACGUUAAUGAGUCAGUUGUCUUUUACUUAUUAAUUUAUUUGCCUAUGUUCUGUGUUGCCCCUGUAUCAGAUAUGAAACCGUGUAGAGAAAUCUGUGGUGUUUGGAGCGUUUUGUCCGGGCCUUGCCGCCUGUCUUCUUACUCUAGCAAGUAAUCCUUUCAUGGCCGAGGAGGCCAGUUUAUCCUCAUCAAAACGGAAAAAAUUGACAUCGAAGUAUAAAAAAAAAUCCAAAGAAAAAGAGUGAAUAUUUAAAUAUUUUGUUUGUCCUCUUGUGGAGAACUUAUACUCUGUGGAAAUGAUUGAGGUUUGAAAUCUUUCUGAGCUAAUGUGUGUACUCUAGAACAAAUCGUGACAUGUA